GAGCCGGCUUGCAACCUCGCAACUGAACACCAAGCAGCUUCGCGUGUCGUGCGAAUUGGCCAGAGCGACCCAGUCCAGAUCUCACGCCUGUGUACCCUGAAUACCUAUCAGGAGGUGCAAGAGUGGGCUAUGCUCCUCAAGGCCAACACCAUGUUCGCCGCUUAUCGAGGGCUAUAUGAAGCGUACGGAGAGGCUAAUGACAAUGGGGAGGACUACACGGAAGACGAAAUUGCCCGAGGGGCGUUUGGUAUCUUUCGCGAUCGAAUGAGGAAGUUGGCCGAACAGGCAAAGGAGCAUUCUGCGAAGGGAUGCUUGCGAUCUUCUUUUGUGGAUUCUUGAUCGGCAUAUUGCAAUCAAGUGCACUGUCACUAGGGGCGGAAUGCGGUGGACUAAUUGUAACCAUACGCGAAUGGAAUGUAUUAUGCUUUAC